AUGGAAAAAAAUUUGUUCUACAAUGCGAGCUACUUAAGAAUGAUAAUUUGGUUAUGAUCACAGAAAUUGGUGUAAUUGUCUGGGCUAUUAUUUCUAAAGAAAUCAGAAUGCAUUAUUAUUGGGGUGACUGGAAUAAAAAAUCAAAUACGUUUGAGUCUAUGAAAGAAUAUUUUAAUAAUAAAAUGUUCACAGGAAUAAUUUUUCCAGAUUCAAGUUUUAAAGUACUCUAUGAUAAUUUAGAUCUUGAAUUUGGUUACAAGGAACGAAAAAAAUUUUUUAGGGAACUAUUAAGUGAUAAUGCCAAAAUGACAUUUUAUUUAACUCGUCAUGGGAAAAACCUUAUGAAUAACCUUAUUGAUUUAAAUCAUAAUUUAUAUCAUAAUUUAGUAAUUCGAUGUAUAAUUAAUGGUUGUCUAGCUAGUUGGGAGCGUAAAAUGAUCAAUAUUUCUAUAUUAAGUAUUAUUUUCGAGCAUUUUCCAACACUGUCAAAAAGACAUGCUUCGGCGGUAGCUAGCUUUUUAGCUGCAAUAGCAUAUACAGUUCCUUCUACUUCAUCUGAUAAAAAUCCAUCAACUUCUUCACAUCUUUCGAGUUAUGGAACGUCUUAUCAUUUAUCUAAAACAUCUCUUUGUGAUAUUUUAUUUUCUAAUUUUCACAAGUUGCAUUAUAAUUCAAUCUCAAAACUUGUAAAAAAUCUAGAAUAUCACAAUUCAAAUACAAUGUAUAACACCAUAAAGCUUGAUUUUUGGAAUCCUAAGGGUAGCAAUUUCACAAGUUUGACCAAUCUUGACUACAUUAAUAGGUUUAUAAUAUUAGCUUUUGCUCACUCAUUUCAUCUUCUAUUACGCCCUACACUUGAUACAUCUGACCCAAACAAUCCAUGGAUCUUGACUACAGCUUAUAAAUUUAUUUAUUCAAACGGCACUAUUGAUGAAAGUGUAUCAAUUAUCAAACCUCCCGACGAUAAUACCAAUAUGUUUACGAAACUUACUACAGCAAUUCUUGCAGUCUAUAUGAUAAUUGCAGCUCAUGAAAAUAAGCUUCGUGAGCUUAUGAGAAAAAUCCAAAACGGAGAAUGGACAGGUUAUAAACCGCCUCAUUUUGAUAAGAACCUUCUGGAAGUAAUUUUACUUAGAAACAAUAAAAAUGAAGAACAAUAUGAGACAUUAAACGAUUUGUCUAAUAAAGUAGAAAAUCUAGAAAAGAAUUUGUCUAGUAAAGUAGAAAAUCUAGAAAAGAGUUUGUCUAACAAAGUAGAAAAUCUAGAAAAGAAUUUGUCUAGUAAAGUAGAAAAUCUAGAAAAGAAUAAUAAUCAAGCUAAACUUUAG